GCGCUAUUUCUCGGCUCACGAGACAGUUAGCUAAGAGGUUUAUUUCCUCUAACUUGGCAUCAGCGAACACAUGGAGAAUUAGACGUGUAAAAGGACCAACCGGCUGUGAUCAUAUAAUUCUAGCGCAACAGAGCUCUGGGUCCAGCGUUCCGUCCCAGAAUUCCACUGACCCCUGACCCCUGUGUGCGAGACGCCGGGGCUGAGCUGACGCGGGGGCAGCCGGAGGGCUCCUGCAGGUUCAUCACGAGGCCCGCUCAAAGGCCGCAGCUCUUGUCAGCCACACGCGAGGCCGUCUUCCUGAGGGAGUGCUGAUCCAGGGUCAGGGCAUCUCACUCAGCCCGGUGCCACUGAGGCGGCGAAGCAGCUGAGCCCCCGGAGAGAAGGGACGUCCAGCUUCUUUUCUCAGACCGAUUUCUGCACCGCGCACAAAUCUACCCUUACAUCCCCUCGUGCCGAGAGAGAGACAUCGCCAAGCCUGCACAACCCACAGCGCUGAAUUCUGGGUAACAGAAUGCCGGCCAAGACGCCCAUGUACCUGAAGCCCUCCACCCCGAAGCGGGGCAAGAAGCUGAAGCUGAGGGACGUCCUGUCGGGCAACAUGAUCAGCCCCCCGAUGGGCGACGUGCGUCACAGCGCCCACGUGGGGCCGGAGGGGGAGGGGGACAUGUUCGGGGACGUGGGCUUCCUCCAGGGCAAGCUGGACAUGCUGCCUCCCCUGAACCAGACCCACUCACGAACACACAGGCUGGACGAGGCCUUCCCCCCCAAGUACCACCCCAGCCCCUCCCUGCUCAAGGGCACCGUCUCCAUGCCCGUGUUUGUGGCCCCGGAGCAGGCCCCUCCGAAACCGCCCCGUCUCCACCUGGACGAGCCCCCGGCCCCUCCCCUGCAGCCUCAGUCGCAGCUGCGCUCCAUGUCGGUGUGCGACGCGCCCGCGCGGGCGGGCGAGGGGCGCUACGCUGAGCCCUGCCGCGACUUCGGCUACGCCGGCCCCAUGGUGGCCUUCCCCCCGCUGCUGCCCUCCUCCGGCUCCUUCUCCGAGGCCUCCUCGGACGACUCGGCGCUGGACGUGUGCGGGCCCCUGGACCCGCGGCGGGGGCUCAGUCUGGACUCGGACGCGGGGCUGAGCAGCGAGGACCUGCGGAGCGAGCGGAGCGAGUCGCCCGCCGUCUCCCGCUCCGAGUCCUUCAUGGGCCUGGACCUGGACCUGGGCCCGUCCAUCCUGGAGGACGUGCUCCAGAUCAUGGACCGCUACACGACCGUGCAGGAGGGCUGUGCACUGUGAGGACCGCACUGGGGGGGG